AUGGCCAUCGAAAGUUCUGGCCAUUCCUCACGUGUAAUGAGUGAAUCUCGACAGAGACCAGUGUUUUCGACACGAUCGGCCGCCGAGGAUGCAACCAGAUUGGAACCUAGCGAACUGUCUCCGGACAGCCCUCGCCGCUUGCGCUCUUCGACUACCAGCACGAGAAACCCAUAUGAACCGUUGACCGCAGCGUCAAAGUCAUCUCCGCGCAAUUCGUGGACAGAUGGACUGUUUUCCGGGAGGUUUCUGUGGCUGUUUGGAUUGCAGGACAGACAAAAUGUCAGGAGGAAUACCCCUCCGGAACAGGCCAUGUCGGGCGAUGCCCUUGUGGACGUGGAUCAGGAUCAGAAGAGACGGCCACAGAGAGCUUCCACAAGUGUAAUCACACAUCCAGAUAAACUAGGCACUUUUUCAGGUGUCUUUGUGCCUACGACGCUGAACGUGCUGAGUAUCCUGAUGUUCCUGCGGUUCGGGUUUAUUCUUGGCCAAGGUGGUGUUUUGGGAAUAAUGGGCAUGCUUAUCACGGCCUACGCAAUCAAUCUGCUGACGACAAUGUCCAUCUCGGCUAUCGCUACCAAUGGGACAGUACGCGGUGGAGGAGCGUACUACUUGAUCUCGCGCUCUCUGGGGCCCGAGUUUGGCGGAUCUAUCGGCCUCGUUUUCUAUAUGGGAUUCGUCUUCAACACUGGAAUGAACGCCCUGGGUCUGAUCGACUGUAUUGUUCAAUAUUUUGGAACCGAGUCCGGGUCGUGGUCAAAAUUUCUGCAAGAAGGAUUCUGGUGGGAAUACUUGUGGGCUACUAUGGUCUUGCUUCUUUGCACUGCGAUAUGUUUGGCUGGAAGUUCUAUAUUUGCUAGAGCCAGCAAUGGCCUGCUGGCAAUCCUUCUCAUUUCCACAUUUAGCAUUCCUUUUUCUGCGUUGUUUAAACGCCCAUUUACGUCCCCGGAACUGGGUGUGGAGUUUACUGGGUUUAAAGUAAAAACUUUUAUGGACAACUUGAAGCCCCAUCUUACCAAAGGAGCAGCGGGCAGUCAAUUAAGUCACCGAGAGAACUUUCAGGACCUGUUUGGCAUCUUGUUUCCAGCGACUGGAGGAAUAUUCGCAGGCGCGAGUAUGUCUGGUGAUUUGAAGAACCCGAGCAAGUCGAUUCCAAAAGGAACGCUUUCUGGGCUGCUUCUCACAUUCAUCACGUAUACAAUUGUUAUUCUGUCCAUGGCAGCAUCAACUACUAGGCAGUCCUUUUAUAACAACGUCAAUGUCCUUCAAGUGACAAACCUGUCCGAGCUUGUUGUAUUGCUCGGAGAAUUCGCAUCCUCAUUUUUCUCCUCGUUGAUGGGCGUUAUUGGCUCAGCCAAGCUCCUCCAAGCCAUUGCGCGAGACAAUCUAGUCCCAGGACUAGGGAUUUUUAGUCAAGGCAACAAGAAAAGCGACGAUCCCACUUUUGCGAUUAUCUUUACAUACGUUGUAGCGCAGGUCACGAUGCUUUUUGACAUCAAUCAAAUCGCCUCAUUUACAACCAUGACAUAUCUAAUGACUUUUUUAGCGACGAAUCUUGCCUGUUUUCUUUUGAAGAUUGGAUCGGCGCCCAAUUUCCGGCCGUCGUUUCACUACUUCAACUGGCAGACAGCGGCAGUGGGUGCUGUGUUCAGCGUUGCUUGCAUGUUUUUCGUGGACGGUGUUUAUGCGACAGGGUGCAUCAUUAUUUUGAUUUUUCUCCUUGUUCUCAUCCAUUAUACAUCGCCUCCAAAACUAUGGGGCGAUGUCAGCCAAAGCCUGAUUUAUCACCAGGUGAGAAAAUACUUGUUACGACUUAAGCAAGAACAUGUCAAGUUCUGGCGGCCUCAGAUCCUCCUUUUUGUGAACGACUUGGAUUCACAGUACAAGAUGAUUCAUUUUUGCAAUUCGCUCAAAAAGGGGGCCUUGUUUGUGCUGGGCCAUGUGGUUGUGACAGACGACUUUACCGAUGGUGUGCCGGAAGCUCGUCGUCGACAGGCUGGCUGGACCAAGUUUAUUGAAAACUCCAAAGUGAAAGCAUUUACGAGUGUAACGGUGGCCCCGACUGCAGAAUGGGGUGUACGCAACGUUGUCUUGAACUCGGGGCUGGGCGGCAUGCGGCCUAAUAUUGUGAUUAUUGAUCAGCAUCGACCGGGUGAAAGCAUCGCAGAAAUAUUAAGCCAGAAACGAGGAAGACGCAUGUCUCAAGGUGCUGAUUUAGCGCUUAGUAGGCAUGACUCAAAUCAAGGUCCUGCAUCGCUUCAUUCGCAGGACGGCACGUCGGGACAGUCGGCCAAAAGCUAUCUGACCAUUCUCGAAGAUCUGCUCUUCAAACUGCGCAUCAACGUCGCUGUUGCCCGCGGGUUCGAGAGCCUCGAAUUACCGAAUGUUCUCGGCGAAAGCCAAAAGACAUUUAUCGACCUGUGGCCUAUCCAAAUGUCUGCCGAGCUUGCAGCGGAUGGAGAGAGCAAGAAAAACGUAUUGACGACGAAUUUUGAUACUUAUACACUGAUCUUGCAGCUGGGAUGCAUUCUGAACACGGUGCAAUCGUGGAAGAGAUCGUACAAGCUGCGGGUGGCUGUUUUUGUGGAGUAUGAAAGCGACGUGAAAGAGGAGCGUGGACGGGUUUCGGCGUUGCUCGAGAAGCUCCGAAUCGAGGCGGAGAUCCUUGUGUACGCGCUAGCCAGCGAGGGGUUGCAGACGUACCAGAUCAUUGUCAACGACGACACGACAAAUGCAAGUGAGGAUGUUUUGGAGAACGUAAACACUGUCCUUGGCGAAGAACCCUGGUGGACCGAGAUCCAGGAUCUGCGGCGCGGGACGCCAGGCUCUCAGCGAGAUAGUAGGUCUUCUGGAGAAAGGCCUACCUGGCCGGUUUCGGUAUGGCAGCAGGGAGGCCACCGCCAGGCGCUACCGCAGUUUGAGGGCAUUCAGCGGCUGGUGCGGUCUGGUCGAGGGCAAAGACGAAAAUCGAUAUCCAGCUUCCAAGGCAUGAAUGUGAAUCUGGGUAUGCAGACUAGCAGGUUGCUUGACUCGAUGGUGGACUAUCACUCGGAAAGCGAAGACUCGAUCAGUUCUGGAGACAACGAGUUUGAGCCGUAUGUGAGUGAGGAGGAGGAGGAGGAGGAGGAGGAGGAAGAAGAAGAGGAAGAGGAUGAAGGCUCUCCUACCCCGAGAUCCGAACUUCCGACGCCUCUUUUUAGAGAUGUCAUGUUUUCCACAACAGAACCACCAGCAACGGAUCCAGAAAGCACGUCGUAUACAGACGAGCACAUGGCCCCAGACAUGACCGGGGCUGCCACAACCCCAACAAACCCUACAAACCUCCAUCCAGAGACAACAACCACCACACCAUCACGGCCAAAAUUCGGGAGAACGGCGUCAAGCAAUAGGUUCACAUCAUCGCCCAUCCCGGAGACACGCGUGAACCCGACUGAAGAAACAGGACCGUCCAUCAUGUUUUCUGAUUCUCCGCCUGCGACAGCAGGACGCCUUGGAUCGCCAUCUGCUACUGUUCGCGAAUCGAUAUACUCGCACUCUCGCCUUGUAUUGCCUUCUUCUCCUACCACUACUUCUACUACAGCAACAGCAACAGCAACAGCUGCUGCAUCAGGCUACCCAAGCCAAGCCGCACAACCACUCUCCUUCAACGACCUCCCCUGCCAAGCACAACAUUUGAUUCUAAACGAACUCAUGACGCGCCAAAGCAGCAGCGACACGGCAGUCAUGUUCACCACGCUUCCGUCGCCGAUUGAGGGCACAUGUAUGGACGAGUCGGCGAGUUUAGCGUAUGUCAGUGAUUUGGAGAUUUUGUGUAAGGGGUUGCCGCCGUGUUUGUUGGUGCAUAGUAAUAGUAUGACGGUGACUAUGAAUUUGUAG